CAUGUUUAUGGAUGUUAUGCGUUAUUUCUGGGUAAAAUCUCUUAAUUUUGUCAGAAAUAUGGUUGUUUUAUGUUUUCAUUGCGUCCGAUGAAGCUUGAUUGAGGGAAAUAUACAUGAUAUAAUGGGGAAACAAGGGACACUGAGGAGUCCACGUCCAAAACCUCAGGAUGGUAAUGUUGCUUUGGGAAUGAAAGAUUAUGAAGUUAGAUGUUCAGAUACGUUACAGGGAAGCGAUCCUUCGAUUGGGAGGAGAGUUUUAGGGGGAGGUAAUCAUUGGGGUUCCAAAGAUGGAUUGCUUCAUGGGUUGAAAAAUGAUUCUGGGAAGGUUAGUUCUUGCAAGGGAGUUUACUUGGGGAAAAAGCAUACAUGGCUGCGCAGGCAUGCGUGGUCAAUUGCUUUUGUGUUCGCAAUCUUGGGUUUCCUUUGCUUGCUUGAUUCUCUAAUGGUUUCCAUUUCUGGUUCACUAUAUCUUCAGAUUAGUUCAACUACAGGAAAAUCAGGUGGCCAUGAGGAGGACAAUCCUGCCUAUACUAGUGAAGACCGACCACCGGUGCAGAUGUACAACAGGCUUCUAAGUUUGGCUUCCAACGCUCUUGUGGAGAAGGAGUUUAAGCAAGAAAAGUUGGGCUUCUGGGAGGAACCCUAUCACCAAGCAUCUAAAUGGAAGCCUUGCGCAGAUAGGAAAACUCCAACAAAUUCAGAGAAGCCUGACAAGAACAAUGGUUAUAUAAUGGUCAGUGCAAAUGGUGGCCUCAAUCAACAACGAGUUGCUAUUUGCAAUGCUGUCACUUUGGCAUCUUUGCUUAAUGCAACUCUGGUUCUACCUAGAUUUCUUUACAGCAAUGUGUGGAAGGAUCCUAGCCAGUUUGGUGAUAUAUACCAAGAGGAUUAUUUUAUGAAUACCCUGAAGGAAGAAGUAGAUAUUGUAAAGGAGCUUCCUCCUCAUUUGAAGUCAAUAGAUAUUGAAGCCAUUGGAAGUUUAAUAACCGAUUCAGAUAUUGAGAAGGAGGCAAAGCCUACUGAUUACCUCAGAAUUGUUCUUCCUCUUCUGCUGCGAAAUGGCAUUGUUCACUUCCUUGGAUUUGGAAACCGACUAGGCUUUGAUCCAUUGCCUUCUAACCUUCAGAGAUUGAGAUGCAAAUGUAACUUUCAUGCACUAAAGUUUGUGCCUAAAAUUCAGCAAGUUGGUUCAUUACUGGUCAAAAGGAUAAGGAAAUAUGGUUCUAGAAAAAGUAUGCUAGAUAAACAAUUGCUUGGAGACUUCAUGACCAAAAAUCCUUCCGAAGAGGAAGAUGCAGCCAUUGUCAGAGGCCCCUCUAGAUAUCUUGCUUUACACUUGAGAUUUGAAGUGGAUAUGGUGGCAUACUCCAUGUGUGACUUUGGUGGAGGAGAAUAUGAGGAAAAGGAACUUCAAGCCUACAGAGAAACCCAUUUCCCACUGUUGAUUGAGCGGUUAAAGAACACAAAGCCUAUUUCUCCUGCAGAGUUGAGAAAGUUGGGGAGAUGCCCCUUGACACCAGAAGAAUCUGCCCUUGUUCUUGCUGCACUUGGUUUUAAGCGUGGAACUUACAUCUAUCUUGCCGGAUCUCAUUUAUAUGGAGGGAAUGCCAGGAUGCAUCCCUUCACCAGCCUCUACCCCAAUCUGGUCACCAAGGAAACACUCCUAACACCUACUGAACUUGCACCUUUUAGAAAUUUCUCUUCUCAGCUGGCAGCAUUGGACUUCAUUGCCUGUGCAACAUCAGAUGUCUUUGCCAUGACAGAUUCUGGGAGUCAAUUAUCAUCCCUGGUAUCUGGAUUCCGGACUUACCAUGGUGGUGGCCAUGCACCAAAUUUGCGUCCUAACAAGGGGAGGCUAGCAGCAAUUUUGUCUGAGAAUAGCACUCUAGGAUGGACUAGUUUUAAAGACAGAGUAAGAAAGAUGAUUGAGGAAGGUCAAAGGGUGCGUGUAAGGGGUCAUGGUCGUAGCAUUUAUCGACAGCCAAGAUCCCCAGAGUGCAUGUGUAAAUCUCAAUAGUUUCCCAUUCUCUUUGUUUGAGCUGGCCAUUUAGAUACAAAUUCUUCAGCAAGCGCAAUCAAGGUUUGUAAAGCAUUUUUCCCCCCAUUUUUGGUGAAUAUGAUGCACAAAUUCUUCACAAUAAUUUAUAUGCCUACAG